CGGUUCCCAUUUUCCCACUCAAAAUGACCCCAAGAAACCCGAGGAGAUGGAAAAAGGCGAAAGGUAAAAAGCACUGGAACAAGCUUAAGAAAACUCUCCCCUUUCUUCGAGCACAUCGAUUCCAAGAUUGAAUGCAGUUUCUGGUGGUUUAGUUUCUCUGAGUUUUGGUUAUAGAUCAGAUUAACCGGCAGAGUUUUGAGAAUGUCGACAGUGGGAAAUUCGACAAACAUAUUUUGGCAAGAAUCACCCAUUGGGAAAACUGAAAGGCAGAAGUUGUUAAACCAGAAGGGUUGUGUGGUGUGGAUCACAGGGCUCAGUGGCUCAGGGAAAAGCACGUUAGCUUGCUCGCUGAGUAGAGAGCUGAACAACCGGGGAAAGCUAUCAUACAUUCUUGAUGGCGACAAUCUUCGUCAUGGUUUGAACAAAGAUCUUGGUUUCAAGGCAGAGGAUAGAGUGGAAAAUAUACGCAGGGUCGGAGAAGUAGCCAAACUCUUUGCAGAUGCUGGUUUGAUCUGUAUUGCCAGCCUCAUAUCCCCGUAUAGAAAAGACCGUGAUGCCUGCAGGGAAAUGAUGCAGGAUUCAUCUUUUAUUGAGGCAAGCUAUUCGAAACCAGACUUUACAGUUGUUUUCAUGAACAUGUCUCUGCAAUUGUGUGAAGCAAGAGACCCUAAAGGCCUAUACAAGCUUGCACGUGCAGGGAAGAUCAAAGGUUUCACUGGAAUAGAUGAUCCGUAUGAAUCUCCCUUGAAUUGUGAGAUAGAGCUGAAAGAGAAAGAGGGAGAGUGUCCUUCCCCUGUAGCUAUGGCUGAGGAAGUCAUCUCUUAUUUGGAAGACAAAGGUUUCCUCCAAAACGAAUUUGUUCCUACAUGUCUCGUUCAUCGACCUUCAAUCUCCGCCGUCAAUUUUCCCACCGUCCGCCGCCGAUAUUCUCCUUUCACCAUGGCCUCAGCAGCUCAGUCUUCUUCUCAGGCUGUAUCAUCGGGGAGUGUCAACAGUGAUACAGAUGUUUUCAAAUUGAUUCAAGCUCACGAGGAGAAGGCUGCUCGUCUUUCUCCAGUUGACGAAAUCCGGACUGUUCUUAAUGGUAGUGUCCGUGGUAUGCUUUCCACUUUUUCUCAGAAAUAUGAGGGUUAUCCUUCAGGGUCAAUGAUUGAUUUUGCAUGUGAUGCUGAUGGUUCUCCGAUUCUGGCAGUUAGUAGUUUGGCUGUUCAUACAAAGGAUCUGUUAGCUAAUCCAAAAUGCUCAUUACUAAUUGCUAGAGACCCAGAGGAUAGGACCGGGUUGAGGAUCACCCUACAUGGUGAUGCAGUGUUGGUUUCUGAAAAAGAUCAAGCGGCUGUUCGAUCUGCCUAUUUAGCCAAGCAUCCCAGUGCUUUCUGGGUUGAUUUCGGGGACUUCAGUUUUAUGCGAAUCGAACCGAAAGUGGUCAGAUAUGUUUCAGGGAUUGCAACUGCUUUUCUAGGAUCUGGAGAAUUCAGCAAAGAGAAGUACCAAGCAGCCAAAGUCGAUCCUAUAGCUCAGUAUGCAAAGCCUGUAACGUCUCACAUGAAUAAAGACCAUGAAGAGGAUACCAAAGCCAUAGUACACAAUGUGACGUCCAUACCUGUGGAGAGCGCCUUGAUGCUUGAUUUGGACAGCCUUGGUUUCAACGUUAAGGCUAGUCUUCAAGGGAAUACCUUCAAGCUCCGAGUUCCAUUCCCAAGACGCGCACAAGACAGGAAGGAUGUGAAGACACUAAUAGUGGAAAUGCUUCAAGCUGCUAAGCCUAUUCCCAAUUAGUUUGCUAAAAAAAAGAUGGAAAAGCUCUCUCUACUAUCUGAAUCCUGCUACAACAAAAGAAGCUUCUUCCUUUACACCUUCCUUAUCGUAUCCGCUGCAAAAGAACACUCAUUUAGUCAUGUAAAUAACUAGUAUAUAAAUGAAGAUUUAUGAAGUUG